AUGCCUUCCUCCAUCCUUCCCAACCAGGACACUCUUGCCACCACGUUUGGCUCGAGACAUCCGCUGUUUGGCUCUAACCAGCAGAGAAAGCAAGUAGCUGAACCUGCGAAAGAGAGGCCAUUAUUCCCAGCCUGGAGCGCCAUCGACGAUGUCAAACAUAAAGCCGAAGCAGUGGGAAAAUCUGCUACCCAUGAACUAGAGAAGGCCAGCGCUAAAAUCCAGUCUAAGACUGGCCAAAUCGAGUUGUAUAGCCCAAAAUACUAUGCUGCUUGUACAUUUGGAGGGAUGCUUGCCUGCGGCUUGACGCACACUAUGGUCACUCCUUUAGACCUGGUGAAAUGCCGUCGCCAGGUCGAUGCCAAGAUGUACAAGGGAAAUUUCGAGGCCUGGGGAAAAAUUGGUCGUGCGGAAGGUAUCCGCGGCAUUUUCACUGGUUGGAGUCCGACAUUUUUUGGAUACUCCGCCCAAGGAGCGUUUAAAUACGGUGGAUAUGAAUUCUUUAAGAAAUUCUACGGAGAUCUUGUCGGAGAAGAAAAGGCUCGCCGCUGGAAGACAUCGCUGUACUUGACUGCAAGUGCGUCUGCGGAGUUCGUUGCAGAUGUUGCGCUUUGUCCAUUCGAAGCCGUAAAGGUUCGAAUGCAAACUACAAUCCCUCCUUUUGCGACUGGAACAUUUUCCGGAAUUUCUCAGAUCACUGCGAAGGAGGGCAUUGCAGGAUUGUACAAAGGUCUCUACCCGCUCUGGGGAAGACAAAUCCCAUACACCAUGAUGAAGUUCGCUUCAUUCGAGACAAUAGUGGAGAUGAUCUAUAAUCGUCUUCCAGGCCAAAAGUCCGACUAUAAUAAAAGUUCACAAACCGCCGUUGCUUUUACUGGCGGUUACCUGGCUGGUAUUCUCUGCGCUAUCGUGUCGCACCCGGCCGAUGUCAUGGUUAGCAAACUCAAUGCCAAUCGCUUACCCGGCGAGGCGUUCGGCGGUGCUAUGAGUCGAAUUUACAAAGACAUUGGGUUUAUGGGACUUUGGAACGGCCUCCCCGUAAGAAUUGUUAUGAUCGGCACCUUGACCGGCCUCCAGUGGAUGAUUUACGACGCCUUCAAGAUUUUCAUGGGUCUGCCAACCACAGGUGGUCCGGCUCCAACCAAACAGAACAACUAG